AUGGCACUCCCCAUAUCCAAGCCGAAGCUGCCCGUCGUCGUCGAAAAGCCCACGCCCUACACCUUCGACCUGGGCCACCUCCUCGCCGAAGACCCCAACCCCGUCUCCCUCGACCACUCUUCCCUCGACCAGUCCCUCGCCGCCCUCGCCCGCGACGGCGCCCAGUCGCUCAUCAACCAGCUGCUCACCACCUGUCCCCUCAAGUCCACCAGCGACGGCGUGCUCCUGACCCUGCCCCAGCCCGCCACCCGCCUCCCCCGCGAGAAGCCCGUGCCCCAGCCGAAGCCCCCGACCAAGUGGGAGCGCUUCGCCGCCAAGAAGGGCAUCAAGGCCAAGACCAGGGAGUCUCGCAAGAACCUGGCCUACGACGAGGAGUCGGGCGAGUGGAAGCGCAAGUGGGGGUACAAGGGCCUGAACAAGAAGGGCGAGGACGACUGGCUCGUCGAGGUCGACGCCAAGAAGGAGGCUCAGCGCAAGGAGGGCACCAGCGUCCGCGGCGACGGCAGGCGGGAGCGCAAGGAGCGCAUUCAGCGCGACGAGAGGAAGAUGAGGAAGAACCAGCGCGACGCCGCGGGCAAGACGGGCAAGAGAGUCUGA